AUGACAGAGAUAGAACGAGGAAGAGGAGGGACUCUGAAGAUUCUGUUCCUGUUGACACUCUGUCUGCAAGCCUUCACUGGUCAAUGCCAAGGUUCAGGGCAUCCCUCUGAACUGAGGAUUGUUCUGGUGGGGAAGACUGGAUCAGGGAAGAGUGCAACAGGAAACACCAUCCUGAGGACGGAGGGGUUUAAAGAAGACUUCUCCCCUGAGUCUGUGACUGAUCACUGUGAGAAACUGAGUGGAGUGGUGGAUGGGAGGAAGAUUGAUAUCAUCGACACCCCGGGGCUCAAUGACACAACAAUUUCUAAAGAAGAGUUGAAAAGUGAAAUAGAAAAGGCCAUCUACAUGUCAGUCCCAGGACCCCACGCCUUCCUGCUGGUGAUCAGACUGGGGAGGUUCACAGAGGAGGAGAGGAACACUGUGAAGUGGAUCCAGGAGAACUUUGGAGAAGAAGCCUCAAAGUACACCAUCAUUCUGUUCACUCAUGGAGACCAGCUGGGGGACAAAUCAAUGGAGGACUUUCUGAAUAAGAGUCAGGUGCUUAAGAAACUCGUCAAGGUCUUUCAGGGCAGAAAUCAUGUCUUCAAUAAUAAAAAGAAGAAUGACAUCACUCAGGUCACAGAGCUGCUGAAGAAGAUAGAUGAGAUGGUGAUGAAGAAUGGAGGACAACACUACACCAAUGAGAUGUACCAGGAGGUUCAGAGGAAGAUCAAAGAAGAGGAGGAGAGGAAGAAACAGGAAGAGGAGAAGAGAGAACAGCAAGAGAGGGAGAAAAGGGAGGGGGAGAUCAGGAAACGUGAAGAGAAGGUGAGAGAGGAGGAGAGGAAGAGACAGGAGGAGAAGGAGAGAGAGGAGGAGGAGAUCAGAAAACGGGCAGAGAAGGUGAGAGAGGAGGAGAGGAAGAGACAGAAGGAGAAGGAGAGAGAGGAGGAGGAGAUCAGAAAACGGGCAGAGAAGGUGAGAGAGGAGGAGAGGAAGAGACAGGAGGAGAAGGAGAGAGAGGAGGAGGAGAUCAGAAAACGGGCAGAGAAGGUGAGAGAGGAGGAGAAGAAGAAACAGGAGGAGGAGAUCAGAAAACGGGCAGAGAAGGUGAAAAAGGAAAGGAAGAGACAGAAGGAGAUCAGGAAGAAGGAAGAGGAGAGAUGGAAAAAGUUCAAGGACAUAUCAGGAAAGAUUGUUGGACUGGUAGCAACUGGUGUCACAGCCAUGGUAUCAGGACCAGCAGCUCUUGCAGUUGGAGCUGCAGCCAGGCAACGGUAG